CAUCGAUAGUCUUCAGUCGAUAUUACAUAUGGCUGUCGGGUGUUAGUUUGUUUUCGUUGAAAGUGCCGGUGCACAGAAAAGAAUAACUUUAUACUAAUUUUACUGUUAAUUUUGAAGGGAUGCAGAGUGGAAAAAUAUUUUUUCGAGGCACAAUCAGGCACUGGCGAUGCUUUUCAAGACGGAGUGUUAUCUAUCAGGCUUCACAACCUGAAGUACAUGUUGAGGGGAAGAUAGUUCCUCCACAUUCAGAAGGUGCUGCAAAACCACUUUCACCAAAAAUUGAGGAACUCGUUACAUCAAUAUCAAGACUUAAUUUACUAGAAGUUGCUGAAUUGAGUGAAGCUCUAAAAAAGCGACUAAAUUUACCUGAUGCACCACUUAUGCCUGUUGGGGCAGUUGGUGCAUAUCCUGGAGCUUCACAAGCAGAGGAUGAUGAAUCUAUGGCAGCAAAAACAGUAAAGACAAGUUUUACUGUCAAACUUUUACAGUUUGAUGAAAAACAGAAAGUUGCUCUCAUCAAAGAAGUUAAGAACUUACUUGAAGGAAUGAACUUAGUUCAGGCUAAAAAGUUUGUUGAGAGUGCUCCAGUUGUUGUAAAAGCAGACAUUGCGAAGGAUGAAGCAGACAAAUUGAAAGAAGCUUUAUCAAAAGUAGGGGCUACAUGUGAAAUAAGUUAGGUGUGAAGAACUCUUCCGGAAAUUAUAACUCUCUGUGAAGAGUUUCCUUUUGUGAAAUUUGUGUAGUUUGUGUAAUUGUUAAUAAAGUAUUUUUCUUUUGUA